GACCCAGGUAGGGGGAGGGAAUCAAAUCUGCCCAAGCACAGCAAGAGCUUCCAACUGCCACAACACAUUCGUGUUUACUAUACGGAUUUCAUAAAAGAACAGACGCUUUCAGAGCCUCGAGCUUAUAUAUAGCAAUGCACAAUCACAGCAAGUGCUUACGUCACUGUCCCACAAAUUGUCUUGCCUCUCUCGCGUCCUGUUGCCAUGGGGAUGGAGUGUCGCACAGAGGUUUGGAUCAUGGCUUGUGAGCAGGUGCAACUGCAGCUUGUGGGACUCCUUAGCGAACCCUGUUUCCAUGUUGCCAAGUGUGCAGCCGAGGUACUAAAGAGAUCAUUUGAUGCAGAAUUUGAUCAUCCAGUUGUGACUCCAUUACUGGACUGUGAAUGGCAACACUAUUUAUCUGAAAAGAAAAAAGAACUUAAAGGAGAGAUAUGGGAGUAUUCCUCUAGUGUUAUGUGCUUUAUUAAUGGUCAGUUUCUUGGAGAUGAAACAGUGUUGCUGUCAUGGGCAAACAACAGCUGGGGAUACAGAGAUUACCGACCUUUAGCCUUAUACAAGGCAUUGGCAGAAGAUUUCCGCACUAAGCACUUGAGUGGUACAAAACAUAUGUUUGUGUUCUUCGACAUAACAAUCCAGGGAAAACCAGUGGGAAGAUUAGUCUUUGAGUUAUUCUCUGAUGUGUGCCCCAAAACAUGUGAAAACUUUCAGAGCCUGUGCACUGGGGCGGCAGGAAUGACACUCGGUGGUCUUAAAUUGCAUUACAAAGAUUCCGUCUUCCAUCGCAUUGUGAAAAAUGGCUGGAUACAAGGAGGAGAUAUAGCAUCAGGAAAAGGAAGCGGAGGGGAAUCCAUUUUUGGAGAAACUUUUGAAGAUGAAAAUUUCGCAGUGCCUCACAGUAAGCGUGGCAUUCUUGGUAUGGCCAAUAAAGGACGUCACUCAAAUGGCUCCCAGUUCUACAUCACUUUACAGCCCACUGCAUACCUGGAUCGAAGAUGUGUAGCUUUUGGACAACUGGUUGAAGGUUGUGGCGUUCUUAAAGAAAUGGAAGACAUUCCAACAUACAAUGAGAGACCAACCACUGACUGUAAAAUCACAGACUGCGGCAUUUUUACUUUUCAAUGAAAAAACAAUCUUUUUUCAGUGUGCAAAUGUAUUCACUUCUGUAUCCGCUGAAAUGAACUGUUUGGUAAUUAAACCAUUUUUCAUUUUGAA